AUGUCGUCGACCGCUUCGUCCUCGCCGAUACCGAGCAGCGUGCUGUCGAGCAAGAAUAACUUCAACUUUAUUGCAUCCUUCUCGCCGGUGAAGGAUGUUUAUAGUAAAUCGGUUUCGACCAGUUCCAAUUAUUCUUCCUCGUCGUCGUUGGUGUCCACGGCAAGUUCGGCCCGACCCCAGUCCCAGCAAUCACACCAACAGCCAGGACAGCCACAGCAGCAGCAACAGCAGGGGGACUCGAAUUCAGGAGUUCCAGUUCAACGGUCAGCUUCCUUCAACGCGGCUUGUACAGUUCCGUUGAGUAUAAGUAAAACUACGCAAGUCAAGAACUCCGCUUCGUUUAGCAAUUGCUCACUGCUGUCGAAGGUAGCGAAGAAGUCCGGCUUGAGUGGAUCGUUGACGGCCACUUCGUUGUUGAAGUUCUCCGCAUCGAGUUCUGCCAACAGUUUACAGCAGUUGAAGCAACAACAGCAAGCCAAUGGGAUCACGAUAUCGAGUAACAUUACCGAAGCUCUUGCUAUGGCUGGUCAGAACCCCAAUCCCUGCCUGUCGACGUCGUCAUCCGGACAACAGCUUAGGAACUCUCCUUCGGCUUCGUCGUCCACAUCGUUGGCCUCAUCAACGACUUCCACCGUGACUGCAGCUGCAGCAGCCGCCGCCGCUACUACUGGAGCUACAUCCUCCCCGAGUUCCUCUGCUGCUGCUGCGCUAUCCCUGUCUCAGUUCAAUAAGAAUAAUAUUGUUGAUUAUUAUGUCUAA